AUGGCAACACCCGCGGCACUUCCCAAACUCUCUGUCUUGUUCUGUCUCCCCCCAGAGCUCUUCCUCCUCAUCCUGUCAUACUUGCGCACAGGCGACUUGCUCAAAUUCGCCUUGACCGCAUACCCGCGAUUGCGAGAGAGACUCAAUCUACCGUAUCUGUCCAAUCACACGUUCCAUAGGCUGGUACUCCGGCCGCCAAACACUGUUCCCAACUGGCCUUUGCCUAUGGAGCUGACGGAUCAGAUUCUCGGCUACCUUCAUGAUCCGAGCGACGUCAUCACCUUUUGCUUCACUCAUCGGGCCGUGUACCUUCAGUACAUGGGCAAUGAUAUUCUAGACCCAGGAACAGUCACGGGGCUGUGGAGUGUGACAAGGCGUCCUGGUCAUGGCGGGCUUUGA